AUGGGGCCUCAUUACCGGUUAAUGAUUCUUUCUAUUUGUGUCGUAUUUAACGGGCAUGGCACUGGGGUAUCUCGUGAUCAAAAAAUUGGUACUAAUGGUGUUGAUCUGCAUGGGGUUUGGAGCGGUGAACGAGAGGUGGUUAAUAGUUUUGUUGAUGGAAAAACUUUUAAAAACAGCGAAUUUCAAUCAUUUGACGUAGCGUUUAAUGAAUUUGUGAAAAGAAAACGCAACAACCGAGUGGAUUUGCAUGCCAACAAGGUAAAUAACAACGAUGUUAGUCAUGGUGGAGGAAAUGAUGGUAAUAUUGAAGAAAAAGAUGUAGAAGAUGAUAAAAAUGAAGUCAGAAGAGUUGGGAAUGAAGGAAUUGAUGCAGAAAAAAAUGGAAAUGCAGAUAAUAGUAAAUAUGCUGCUAAUAAUAAAAAUGAAGAUCAAAAAGACGAUACAAAAGCCAAUAAAGAUGAAGAAGCUGAAGUAGAAGUAAAAAAAGAUGAUGAAAUUAGAAAAGCUGAAGAAGUAGAAGUCAGAAAACGAAGAGAAAACCUAUUUCCACCUGAUAUAGAGCUAACACCUCACAACAAAUCUCUGUGUGGAGGUCACGGAGUUAUGGUUCAUGGUAAAUGUGACUGUUUCUACCCAUAUACUGGCAGUGAUUGUCUUGAUUUCGCUUGUGGUAAGUUAGUUUUUAACAGUCUUUCAUGAUUUUAGCAAAAUUUAUAGAAGUUAAAUAAUUCUUUUGUAAUAUUGACGUAGUACUUUUUGUAAAAUACGCUGUUAUAUGUGAGUUUUAAAUAACAAUAACAAAAGUAAAAUCAAUCUUCAGACCACGGCCUAUCAGUUGGCAGAAGAUACGAUCCUACGUCAGCGUUUUUCAACAAAAAAUGUAUAUGUGAUGAGGAGUGGUCGGGCGAACUUUGUCAUAUUCCUAUUGCAAAUCAAUGUAACGAACGUGGUCAAUACAUAAAUGGAGGUUGUGUGUGUCAUGGGUAUUAUUUUGGCCCCAGAUGUCAGUAUGUUGGGAAAUGUAUCAAUGGGAAACUUACUGAAGGAAUGUAUGUAAAAAUUUUUUUAAAUUGCUGGUUUUAACUCAAAUUUUAAAAAUUUUAAUUUCUUUUUACAAAAUAAAAAAUCUUUAAACUACCUUUAACUGCUAGGUUUUUCAAAUAAUUCUGGGCUUUCUAACCCUAAAAAUUUGCUUUGAAAUGGAGCACACGAUUAUUUGAACAAUCUAAUCUAUUUUUAAAAAUUGGUUGAAAACUGACAAUGUAAGUAUAAAGUACGGCGUUUUUAGAUGUACCUGUCUAUAUGGAUAUGAAGGAGAUUAUUGCGACAAAAUCGUAUGUCAUCAUGGAUAUCCAGGUAAUUUUUUUUCGACUUUUUUAAACGUUUAAAAACUUCAGAUUUUUUCAAAACUAUAAAAUUUUUAAAUGUUUUCAAGUUGCCUUACUUUCCAGACAAAACCAACAAUUCCGAGAGUUGCAUCUGUCCACCGCGACAUACCGGUCAAUUCUGUGACGAAUGUGUCUUAAAAGAAGAAGACCACCAUGUUAUACCCUUCCCCAACUGUACCUUAGAGAAAGUGCCAUUAAAAGUAAAGUUAUCAAGGAUCAAAACCAACCAGUUGAUAUUCAAACGAAUCCUUAUCAUUUUCCUCACCUUCUUCGUACUGGUUGUCAUUAUUAUUGUCAUGUACGUACUCAACUGGGGCCACAAGAGGAACAAAAGGAUGGAUAAUGCGGAGCUUUUGAAGCAAAAUCUUGUGAAUGAGCGACAGAUCAUGCUUCAGAAUAUUUUUAAUCAAAAUCAGUUGGAACCUCCGGGUGAUAAGCAUAUGAGGCGGUACGGCUUUAUUAUCUAAACACAAAAAUUUUUUAAAACUUUUUUUUUAAUUUUAUUUUUUAAAAAUUUUUGUUUGCUAAAAUCAAGAUUUCAAAUUUUUUUAUGAAUUUCUUGCACCGUGCACACGCUAAUUGCCUAUGCACGGUGCAGAUUUAAAAUUACUGCACCGUGCAGACAAUUUUAGUUUUAAUAACCUUUUUGACUUUAGAAAAAGCAGUCAACGAUACUUGGAUCCACAACGACUUGAUCACAGUCUAUUUUAA